GAGUAAUCCGCAGUACCCACAUACCAACCAAAGUUUUUUCCAAAUUCUCACCGUCCCCAAAGCCUCGACGCCAUGGCCUUCGCUUCCAUGCUUCGAAGGGCUUCUUCUUCUGUUCUUCCUCGCGCGAUCCGUGCCGCCGCUUCUCCGAGAACUUUCCGCACCGCCGUCUCAACCGUUCUCUCCACCGAAAAGCAGUGUCUCGGCCGUGAGAUUGCUCGCCGUGGUUUCACUUCUCCUCUCCGAUUCUCCACCGCCGCGGUUGCAAACAAGGAUAAUCUCGUUCGGGUGCUCGAGGCUGAGAUCGAAUGUGCUGAGGAACCAUGCGAUAGCGAGGUCCCAGCUGGUUUCCCUUUUGAAAUAGAAGAUAUUGAUGGUGAGAGGACCAUCACUCUCACAAGGAAGUUUGAGGGCGAAACUAUCAAGGUUGAAGUUGAUAUGCUGAAUGUUGAUGGUGAUGAGGAGGAAGAAGAAGAAGAUAGUGAUAAUAACAAUGCUAAUGAAAACAAUGACAAAUCGACAACUAGCAUCCCCAUGGUUGUCACCAUUUCCAAGGGGAGUCGGCAGGAGCUUGAGUUUGGUAUCACAGCUUUCCCCGAUGAGAUCUCUGUGGAUAGCUUGUCAAUUAAGAACCCAUCAAGUACGGAGGAACAGCUUCCUUAUGAAGGCCCUGAUUUUGGUGACUUGGACGAGAACUUGCAGAAAGCUUUCCUCAAGUAUUUGGAGAUCAGAGGGAUCAAUCCAAAGACAACUAACUUUCUGAUAGACUACAUGGGAAACAAGGACAGCAAAGAGUAUGUGAAUUGGCUUAACAACAUCAAGAAGUUUGUGCAAAAGUAGAGAGGGAAAGAGAGCUCUUCUCAGCAAACUGUUUCAAGAGUUAGCUAGUCUAGGGCCUGGUUGAGAGAGAGAGAGAGAGAGAGAGAGAGAGAGGGAUAUCUACUCUUUUCUUUUUUUCCUUUUUAAAAGUCUAUGUUCUCUCUAGUAGAGGAACAAUCAGUGGUGAAUUGAAACACAGAUUCUCAACUUUCUCCUGCUUGGCUUUCCUAUGGUUAUGUCGGGAGACUUCCCUAGAAUUGAUAAUGGGAUCACUAUAUGAGUUAACGUUUUAGCUGUUCGUGAAGGAUUGUUAAACGAUUCAUGAUCUUGAGCUUCUGCUCGGGGGGUAAUCAGAUCGCAUUAUUAACUUCGGUAAAUGGGAUUUUGAGCUGUUUUCCUGUACUUCUUUUUUCUUUCAGUUUUUGUUCCGUACGACGCCAAGUCCAUAAUU